AUGCUGCAAGCUCUUACCGGAAAAGCCUUCGAAGCUGCAAAGCACCUGAUUGAAGAUGACAACUGGUGUGGAUCCCCGGAUAAUGGCAUGGAGCUGAUCCGAUAUUUGUCCAGACCCGAAUGUUUUGGAAAGGAGGAAUUGGAAUCUCUCUGGAGCGCAAUGACCAAGCUGUUCUACUCUGCACUUAGGCGUAGUGAUGAUGACCUUGCUGCAUUCCGGACACGCUUUGAAGAAGCGGUCAGGAAAGUGCAGAAACACAAAGUUGAACUGCCCUCAGAAGCACUGGGAUUCCUUUUUCUGAAGCAAGCCAAGGUAGAUGAAGAGACCAUGGAAAGACUCGUGACUUUAACAGGAGGCAGCCUCAAGCUGGAAGCAGUCAUUGACGGCAUGAGGAAGCUCAAGAUGAGACUUCUCGACCCCGAUGAUGACAAAAAGCGUCAUGUCUGGCUGCAGGAUCAAGAACACACAGCAGCCGAACAUGUACAAGAGGCUGAUGUAGAUGACGAGUUUCAUGUAAUCGAAGAUGCUCUUCAGGAUCUUGACUCAGAGGAUCCUACUGCUGUCAUCACUGAGGACGAGGCAAAAGAUGUCUUGAUGACAUUGAUUCGACAGAAGAUUGCCCGUCCAGCUCAGUAUAGCUAUCGGCAAGUGCAGCAGACCAAGCAAGAUCUUCGCAACAGUCGAGGAUUUCGUUCGGUGAACACCGGUUCCGAGGGACGAUCUCGCACGUUGCAGAUGAUCCAGGAGCAACUUCCCCAGGGCAUGCAGAUGGACGAGAGCCGCAAGAGAAGUUGUCCGGCAUCAGCUCAUCCGCAGGAGCCCAAGCGAGUCAGCGACUGGUCAAGGAUGUUCAGUCGCCUCCAGAUUCGCACACACUGCCAAGCAAUGUGCCAAGUUGUAAUGGGGCUGAUGAUGCCUCUUAUGAGCAUUCUGAUUCGUUCGUUCAUGAUCGAGACUCAAGAUCCAGAAGAAGAGAUUCAGGCUCUCGAAGACACGAUGGCUGUGAUUCAGACCUUGGUGGACGAGAAAAAGGAAAUUCAGAAACAGGAGAAGCUGGAGCGUCGCCGUCGACGACAGGAGCGACGCGAGGAACUUCAGCACGCACUCAUGAAGUCCGAACAGAUGAGCCGCUCCUCCAAGUCGAGUCACAGCUUCCUCUUGGUGGAAGACACCAGUCCAUCCAUGCAGUUCAAAGACAAGAGCAAGAAGGAAAAGAAGAAUCGGUCCGACAAGAAAGAGCAGAUGCCCAGUGGAGUUCCACUGGAGGACAUGAAUCCAGAGGACGAAGCUCAGGGACUGCCAUUGAACCAUUGCUUUUGCGGACUCCCCGUGACCACUUAUGUGAGUCGCACAGCUGGAGCAAACUUCCUCCGGCAGUUCAACCGUUGUCCAAAGCAGAUUGGAAAGCAAUGCCAAUUCUUUCAAUGGAUCGAGCCUCCGAAAUCGACUCAACACCAAAAGCUCUUUCGAGAGCGAGAGAUGCCAACUGGACCGGGCAGGAACGAAAAGACCAAAUCGAAGGCCAGCUCAAGCAAGCAGAGCAGAUCUAUCAGCAGCUCCAGUUCGACGUCAAGCAGCGACUCAGAGCUGAUGCCAGAGUCAAAGGCAGCUGCUGGGUACCCAUCCCGCCGGCCUCCAUGUCAGCACGACUGGAGCCGCAAGGGAACAAAUGGACAUCAGCAGAUGCUCACUUGCAAGAUCUGUGGCCGCAGGGAAGUCACCAAGUACUCGACCGGCAAAGUGACGGUCACACAAGUGGACGACACUCCGAGCCCGAAUCGGCGGAAGUAG